UGUCGAGAACACGGGAAUAACUUUGUUUCGAAUAAGAAUCGAUGGUCUUUCCUUCGAUGUUCAGUAAGAAACGCGCUUUUCCUUUGACCGACGUCUAAGGUCAAGUUACAGGAUGGUAGGAGUCGGGAUAGGACGAGCAAGGUGGGGUGUCUGGAUGGUCGUGUUGGUGGUACAGCGUGCCACUAUUGGAAAGCGUUGGUCCGCGUCCAGACAUGGAAGGGAUCUUCGAAAGGAAAGAGAACGCGCUAUCGAGUGAAUAAGAACGGAUAGAGGAGAGUCGGUUGGAUAGAGGGUGAAAGGGUGAGAGGAAGAGAGGGCGCAGCACAGCUGGGUCGAACGCGAUCGUGGCGGGGGAAGUCGUUGUCCUCGGAGUCGGAGUCUUCGUUCGCGCGAGUCACGAGUAUUCCCGUCAGUACGACGCGGAACGCGUUCCUGUUUGCCUCGUUAGGGUGAAAGUUGCGUUGCGUGUGCUUUUCUUCUCCUGCUCCUCUCUCUCUCUCGCCCCGUGUCUGUCUUCGUUCACGAAAUUUCUUUGUUCGUCGACGAGAGAGGGAGAGCGCGUUAAGCGGUCGUUGCUGUACGACACGCGUGUGGUACUUUGUGCAUAGUUGGUGCGUGGUGCGACAGGAUGCGGUACAAUGACCGUAAAUGAAUAAUCGACGACCCUGCCAGAACCGGUCGGAAGGACGAGGAUCCUGGCGGAAAGGACGCCCGUGGCAGGACUCUCGAGCCGCCGUGCAUAGGAGCCGAAUCGAUCGUUUGUGAGGACGAAGAGGAGUCGAUCAAGGAAGGUAGCUAGGACACGGUGAAGAAAUAAAAAAGAGGAAAGGUUGAAAGCGAAGGAGGGUCGAAAGGUUGAGCGACCUACGAAGAAGAGAAAGAGGACGUGGCGGAAGCACGUUCGUUGGAGGAGGAAGAGGAAGAGAAGGAAGAAGGAGAGGGUGGACGAAAGAAAAAGAGAGAUGAGUCUGGUGGGUGACUCGCAAAGCGUGGUGGUCGGUUGUUCGACGAAAGGCAGAUAGCGCCAUUAGUUGUUGCUGGGCCGAACAACGUCGAGCCGAUGCGUGCUGCGGCCCUGACCGUCGACGAAGAAGGGGAAGAGGAGGAGGAAGAGGAGGAGGAUAGGGGUAGCGGAGGGCACAACGGGGUCCAAAGGACCGCGAUGUACCCCUCGAAGCUGAUCGAACCUCGUCCUCGACUCGAAACUAGCCCGAUUUUCUUUCUGAUUUUUGCUUCUCUUAUCGUCACUGCCAUCGCCUCGCCUCUUCGUCCUGUGCCACCCCAUUCAGGUAUCACACACGGUUCGUACAUCGGCUAUUACGAGGUGGCCUCUUAUGAUACCGCAGCCUUGAGACACCAUCGUAACCGGAUGCGUCGCGAUGCCUUCGACGUGGUCGACAAUCAACCUCUGCUACUGCACCUGAAAGCACUAGACAAAGACUGGACGCUUCGGUUAAUUCGAGACAAGAGCUUGUUCAGCAAAGACGCAACGUUCGAGAGCACCGCAGGACCCAUCGACUUCGAUCCAUCGCAUUCCUAUAUGGGUACCGUGUUGGAAGACGAGAACGCGUUGGUGCAAGGUGUCGUGACGGAGGAUGGCCUGUUCGACGGCACCAUCGUCACUAGAUUCGAGGAAUACUACAUCGAGCCUACGAACCGAUACCUGGACAAGCGCGAAAACACCUCGCCACCGUAUCACAGUAUCGCUUAUCGAGCCUCGGACGUUCUCACCCCGCGACAUACAAUUCCGUGUGCCAGUCAUCAGCUGCAUCGAGAGACCCUCCGCGAUUUCACGGAAAGGAGGAACAGUUUCGAGAACGAUUCCCGAACGUAUUACGAACCAUUGCUCGGCGAGAAGCUCGCACUAUACUCGAAGGAAAACAGCGCAAGGGUUUUAACAUCGGAGAGAGAGAAAAACGUGGCACGUACAGAUACCAGGAACGACGGUGAUCGUAUCGCGAGGCAUUUACACAAACGAGCAACCGUGGAUCCGAGGAAAACUACCUGCAUGCUCUAUCUGCAAGCUGAUCAUCAAUUUUUCGCGCGAUACGGCACGGAGGAAGCUUGCAUCGAGGUGAUGACGAGACACGUGCAGAGGGUCAACUCGAUUUACAAGCAUACCGAUUUUAAUCAGGACGGGAGACCGGACAACAUCAGUUUCAUGAUAAAACGCGUGAAAGUUCACAGCGAGGACGCGUUGAGGGAUCCCAAUUAUCGAUUCCCGGGAAAUUACGGCGUGGAAAAGUAUCUGGAACUAUUCUCCGAAGAGGAUUACGACGCGUUCUGCUUAGCUUACAUGUUCACUUAUCGCGACUUUGAGAUGGGAACUCUGGGACUCGCCUGGACCGGUGACCUGAAAAAUGCUGGCGGAGUUUGCGAAAAGAACGGACACUAUCGCGGCAGCAUGAAGUCGUUGAACACAGGAAUAGUAACUUUAUUGAAUUACGGCAAGCACGUACCACCUGCAGUCUCUCACGUCACUUUGGCCCAUGAGAUUGGUCACAACUUUGGUUCGCCGCACGAUCCGGAACAAUGCACGCCCGGCGGUGAGGAUGGAAACUUCAUUAUGUUCGCUCGUGCUACCAGUGGCGACAAGCGUAACAAUAAUCGUUUCAGUCCGUGCAGCCUGAGCGCUAUAAACCCAGUUUUGAAUAGCAAAGCUCGAUCCCCGAAGGGCUGCUUUACUGAACCGCAAGUGUCAUUGUGCGGGAACGGCGUCGUCGAGGAAGGCGAAGAAUGCGACUGCGGAUGGGAAGAAGAUUGCAGAGACUCGUGCUGCUUUCCUCAACGUCGGUAUCCACCAGCCGGUGAGACACCGUGCACGCUCACGCCAGGGUCAAUUUGCAGUCCUAGUCAAGGUCCGUGCUGUACCGCCGAGUGUAAUUUAAGAUUCGGAGACAAAUGCAGGGACGACAAUGGUUGCCGCGACGCCAGUUUCUGCGAUGGUCGAACGCCGUAUUGUCCUCCUUCCAUCAACAAACCCAACAAGACAAUCUGUAAUCGCGAAUUCGUAUGCUUUAUGGGAGAAUGUACAGGUAGUAUCUGCCUCGCGUACGGAUUGGAAUCUUGCCAGUGUCUACCAGGACCAAAUGAUCUACAGACGAAAGCUUGCGAACUUUGUUGCCGUCUUCCCGGCGAGAAUCAGCCUUGUUUAUCAUCUUUCGAUUGGAACUCUCCACCCUACGACAUACCGGACAUGUUCUCGAAACCGGGAACACCGUGCAACGAUUACAACGGGUACUGCGAUGUCUUCCAGAAAUGUCGAGAGGUCGAUCCGAGUGGUCCUUUGGCAACUUUGAGGAAGCUUUUAUUAUCGGACGAAAGUCUUGCCAAUUUCCGUCGUUGGAUCGUUAACCACUGGUACGCAGCUGCGCUGAUCAUUCUGGCUGCGAUAUCUCUACUGGUGGUGAGCAUGCGACUGUUGGGCAAACGACCGGAUCCGAAGCUCAAGUCGGUCACGAUAAUACACAGCUCGACGACGGAAACGGUACGUCUUCCGCCAGAAGGGACAGAGGGUGUCACGGUACACCCACCAGCGGUGCGUGCGAAGCUUCCGCUCAGCAGAAAAGUGAGGGAGAAGAGGAGACACCGAAAGCAUAAGGAUUCGCACGCGAACUCGGCCGAUAAAGCCGGCAAAGAUGCGUCGAAGAAGAAGAAGCAGUCGCAGCCCCAGACGAAGAGGACAUCCGCGAAUCCCAACGAGGACUUCACUAGAAAAAGAUCGGCAGAGGGUACGACGGCGGUGACCCAGGAGAAUAAACGAAAGAAGACCUUCUCUGCUCGGGAUAAGCAAAAUUCGUCCAGUAACGCGGCAAACAGUUCGGACAACGAAAAACGGAAACGCAAGAAGCAACACAAGAAGGAAGUGAUCGACUACUCGGCGAUUCAGACCGAGAAGGAAACCGAGCCAAACGCUGAUCCGAAAAGCAAAGUCCGUUCCUGGUUACUGGCGUCGUCUCAUUGUCGACCAGACGCGACGAGAACGAACGCGAACGGUUUGCCAAAGAGUAAAUCGACUCCUGUAGGUCUGACCAGCGCGGGGACUAGGUUACCGGCCACCAGACAAGUAACAUCGAGAAGGCCGACCGAACCUAGGGAUCCGAAGCUCACGGUCAACCCUGUCGCGCGCAAAGAGAGAGCUAAAUUGCAAGUGAUUUAUAAACCGCCGUUUAAAUUCAGCGUGAAGCUACGAAAGUCGGACAAGGUGGCACAGGUGCCUGCCCUGGUGGCAAACGCGAGCAGCAGACCAAAGCUUCCGAGAACGGGCGUGCUUUUGAAGACGGUGAAGAAGAAGGACAGAGUCAGAAUAGGCAGGGCCAGACAAAUAGCACCUACAGGGAUCGGAAACGGUGCGGGUGAUUUACCUGAACCGGCCAAUUCUGAUUUACACACUGUUCCUUCCGACUUGGAGGUGCUGCUGUCCGAGAGCGAGUUCCUCUUCUCGGAUACGUGACCGCGGUGAACGAACGACGAUUUAUCGGAUCUAUUUAGAGGAAUCUUUGCAACAGGAGGAAACUUGUAUGGAUAGAAAAGGACAAAUUUGGUGCACCGAGAAAUCCCGUCCGACUAAUUACGAGUGGACAUUUCGCAUGCCAUCCUCUGGUUCGAUUUCGGUUUCGCCAACAACAAGCGCAACGAUCGAUUAGAAUAAGAAAUCAAAAUAGGAAGCUGCUUGUUGCCGGUGAAACUGCGCGUGAAACAACCAGGUCCAUUUUAUCGCGUUAGUUUUAAUGGCUGCUGGACGUGUUUUCUUAAAGCGUAACCCCGAACGAGCUUCUUCCGUUCUAGCUGAAAUGUAUUUUUUUAAGAGUAAGUACGCGUGACGAGAAGCAGGCAAUACAUACGCGUCCUGUACGCUUUUCGCUGUUUUUCUACGUCUUCCUAGCGAUAAGACGACGUUUAUCUCCGUGAAUCCUCGUUCUCGAUCGAUUGUCGUGAUCGAUCGAUCAAACGGACACACGCGCGUUUUAAUGGAAGUGCUAGUUAAACGAUCCAAGCCAAGUUUUCUUCUUCCAAAGAAAAGGGGCCAAAUUAUAUUCAUCCUUUUUAAAAAGGAUUACCGCAAUCGUGUGUGCAGAGAAGGCAGAAGAGAUUCGAGUCUUAGCAAGGAUCUGCUUUAGCCUAGAAAUUUCCUUUCGCCGAAGGUCGAUUUGUUCAUUCGUUUGCGAUCGCAGGGCUUCACCGUUCAGGGAUCAGCGUUCGAUCGGAUCGAAUAGCGAAUUUUCAUAGGUGAUCUAUCGACGUAUUUUCAAGAGGAUAAGAGAUACUUUAAACUAUUUACUAUUAUUGUGCCUAUCGUACACCGCUGCUCGAAACUUGGGAAAAGGGAUCUCGCGGUCGGAAGAGAACUUUCGUUUGUUUUUUCUUUAAGUUUUCCUUGGCGACACGAUAGUUGUGAGAAGAACAGCAAGUUCGUAGGUAGCUGCUUUACGAAUCUCCCCUUAAAAAAAAACAACAAUACCGAACAAUAUUUCAUCGCCUGCGCUUGCUGUUGAUCUAACAUACUAUUCUCAUGGUUCCUAUUUCCGGCAACUCCUAAUCGUGGUGUAAACCUUGCCGGAAUAUUUGCAUUUCCAAUGCGUAAAGUGAUGAGAAAACUCGUCGAGCUAUUUAUAUUUUUGAGACUGUAUACAAGAUACGAGACUUAACGAUGCGCAUUCCGAUAAGUUUUCCAUGAGUUUCAUUACAUUCCUUCGCUUAAGUGUUGAAAACGAUCGAAACUUAACGUGAAGUAGUUUCAUCAAAUCUUUUGUUACUAUCGUGCGGUGCUAUUAGUCCAUAUGCUUAAUACUGUACGAAAAUAAUUUUGCGUCCGUGAAAACAUUCCUUGUCGCUUUUGCCUCGUUUCAUUUAUAUUAAACAAUGAUUAGUAUUCUAACUUAACUUUUAACCCUUAUUUCACCGAGGCAAAAGGGUUCAACCUAUGCACGUCCAAUCGAAUUUAAGUUCCCUUCGUUCGCGGAUCAAUCUACUCUUAUCCUUUGCUGAAAUCAAUCGAAAAUCUAGUACUCAAGUUUAUCUCGGUACGCUCUUGUUCGCUUAAUCCUUCAUUAAAGAUCUCAUUGGUCUUAAGUAGCAUUAAAGGUAGCUCAUCAAUUUCAUGCAAACUUCUACGAAACGUACUUCGAGACUUGCGAGAAUUAUCUGUUCAAAAAAGUACUUGUACGCAAAAUAGUAACAUAUGUUUUAACGAAUUUUGAUCAUCUACGGUGGGUCUUAACGUUAAGUGAUAAAGGUGGGCAAACCUAUGCUCCGACAUCCGUAAUUAUAAGAAAAUAACUAAGAACAGAUUAUAUGCAAAGUGAUUCGAACAUAGGAACUCUGUCGAGUGAAAAAUUUUGCAAGAAUGGUGAAGUUCCAUUUCCCUUGAUACUGCAGUAAGGUUUUGCCAAAAUUAUACAAUAAAUCUUUCUUUAGACUUUCAACGAUUAAAAUAUUACAGCUCUUGUAACUGUAUAUCCUACGAUCAGUGAUAUAAUUUUAUUUACAUAAGUGGAGUUCCGCCAUAAAUGAACUCGUGCUUCGUUUGCCCACUUCCGAGUGAAAUGUUAGAGCUGCGAGUAAACUGAAAAGAAAAAAAAUCCGCUUGUGUGUAUACAAACGUGACAUACGUGUACUUAUAUUUAAGGAUAUGUGAUUUUACUUUUACAUGAGUUUAUAUAUAUACACGUUUAGCGAACACGCGCGAAUUAAUGGUCGGUUUUUUCUUCGUAAUUGGAAAUUCCAUUGACCAAUCGACUAUUUAAUUCGACCGUGAUUAAUAUUUGAUUAACCCAUUGGCCUAAUACCAUGUAAGCGAAUAGUUAAGAGACAAGAAUUUAUUUGAAUAAGCGUUGAUUAACAUUUAUCGAGCGUAAAAGAUUAAUUCUGUGUUCCCCGCUUUGUUUCGCUCGAGAAAAGCUGCCGUAUAAAUCGUGUUAAUUAAACAACAGCGAGUCAAUGUAGGCAAAUGGGUUGUCUAAGAAAAUGUGAUUUUACUUUUAAGACCAAUCUGUGUUAAAUUCGUGAACUUCACCGGUUCUGAACCAGUGGCCAUGUCGCCUGAUUAUCUCGUUGUUUAUAUCCAUCGAUGUUUCACGGAUUUUUCAAUUUUAUCGAUCACAAAAGUGAGCUAUAGGUCAGAGCCGAACAUCGAACAACCACUUCGAUGAGUGAAGAUACAUAAAUUCCAUAGAUUUAAGAUAUAACGUAGUGUCGAACUCGUAGUAUACCCGUAUCGAAGUUUACGAUCAUCUUCCUCGAAAGGAAACGACGAAAUAAUUUUUCUACGAUCUCAGGAAUGUUCGUUUUACGAAUUGAUUUUCAGAGUGUCAUCGUUUCCCAACACGCAAUGUUUUUAACUAAUAGUUACUAAUCUACUUGUUGUCGUUACGAAACGAUUGAUUAAUUAGUUUAUAAGCGACCAUGGCAACUGUCAACCGAGAAAAACUAACGUUCAUACUUGUAGUCAUUUCUAACACUCGGGUGCUUCUGACAUAGUUAUUUCAACCCCUUCUCUUUUUCAAAUUCUUCAAGAAAAAAAACCAACGAGUCAAACGAUAGGAUUGAAUUCGUAAUUUUCAAGAACAGAAGGGGUGAAAGAUCGCUCGAGGAAUUUGUUUGCCUCGACCGACAAAUAAAAUCUGGCAGGAAGAACAGAAUUCGUUAACCGGUUGUUCCCGUCUGAUUUUCCAGUGUUGGAACACUUACGAGGCGAGACUGUUAAUUUAUCACGUACUUAUAUAUCCGAUAUAAGAUGGGGCUGCUGUAUUUUUACACGGACUUUGUAUAAAUAAGAGAGCCACGAGAGCAAUGUCUUUCGCUAAUCAUUGUAUAUAUCUGUAUACCAAUAAAUAGCGUAGAAAUGAUCCUUAA